GCCGGCCAGCCAGCCAGCACAUCAUCAUUAUCACCCUUACAUUCGAGACAUCGAGACAGAACAAGAGACAUAUCGCGGCGGGACCAGAUGCGCGUGUGCGAGGUACUCUACAUGCUAUGCAUCAUCAUCCUGCGUCGAACAAGAUCUUCGUCGACUGACAUACAGAUCUCCCCUGCCGUAACCAUCCCGCACACGAGCAAGCAGGUCAUGACUCCGACCAUCCCGACUUUGCGGUGCGUUGCACGCUGUAUCCCCUCACCCAACCUCAUCAUCCGCACAACUGAACCCGUCGGAAAGUAAACAACAUCAUCGUCAUCAUCAUCACACGACUGGGCACCGUAGUGGCCAGGCCAGGCCAGGGGACAACAGGGGAAACCGGGAAACCCGAACAUGACAUGCGAUGCAUCCUGCUCGGCACAAGCCAAUUCGCCGAGAAAUUUCCGCCUGCU